CUCACUAAACAGCUUGUUGAUUUUUGCGCGAUUACCUUUUUCUUGGACUAAUCAUGUCCGAUCCGUCCCUUAAACCACCCGCCAGUAACCAACCGCUGAGGCCACCCCAAUUGAUGGCUCCUGCGGGAUCCGGCGGUGGCCUGCAGUUGCCCGUCACUGCGCCACAGAAGCUGAACUCCAAUGGAUCAUCCGCUUCUGGAUCGGCCACUGGUAAUCCGCGCAACAAGUGCGCCCUAAAGCCGGGCUACUCCCUGAUGAACUGGAUACGGCUGUGCAAUUCUGGAGCGGAUCUAUCGGGAACCGGAGGGCGUCUGGUGCCCGUGUCGCGAACGGAAUUGGCCCGGCACAACAAGAUCGACGACGCCUGGAUGGCCAUUCGUGGUCGUGUCUUCAAUGUCACCCGCUACAUGGACUUUCAUCCGGGCGGAGUGGAUGAGCUAAUGCGUGGUGUUGGUCGCGAUGCCACCAAAUUGUUCGAUGAGGUGCACGCGUGGGUGAACUAUCCACAAUUGUUGGGAAAGUGCUACGUGGGACCACUAAAAGAUAAUGAGACAAAACCUGCCAAGGAAAGUCCACAGAUUACCAAUGUGAUAUUGCAGCCUCCGGAAAUAGUGCCACGCUUUGAUUGGAUUCAGCAGAGGAGCGAACUUACCCUGAUCUUCUACACGCGCAGCCUGGCUAAUCCAGGCCUGGUUGUCCGGCGGAAGGACCUCCAGCAACUGAGUGUGCGGGUUCUAGUCCAGCACAAUUGGCACAGCUUUGAUUUUCAACUGACCAACAAUGUAGAAUGGCCUCCAAAGUUAGCGAAAAUCGGUUCGGAGACGGGGAAAAUUGAGUUAGUUUUUGUCAAGGAGGAAGCGGAACCAUGGCCAACGUAUGGAACACAUGUGUCCAACAGAUUAGACUCUAGCCGAUUACAUGAUGAAACUUUCGAGUAUGAAGUAGUUCACAGCAAAGAUUUCAAUCACGACUCCUUUGAACUAUGUCUGCAAAGUGUUGGGCAGAAGGUUCUGAUGGUCCUGCCGGCUGGUUACCAUGUGGAUAUAGAAGUCCCACUAGAGGGACGGGUAAUUCAGCGCAGCUACACACCAGUGGAUCACACCUAUCUACGUUUGGAGAACAUCAGAUCAUCCAGAUCAGAAUGCUUACACUUUCUGAUCAAAAGGUAUCCGAACGGACCCGUCUCCAGUCACCUGCAAAAGCUUGAAACUGGAUCUCGCGUCCAUUGGAGUGCGCCACGUGGAUCCUUCCAGCUCUCUGAUCUCACUGCACAUAGAAAUAUUCUACUCCUAGCGGCGGGAAGCGGAUUAACGCCAAUUCUGAGCCUAAUUCAGCCCAUCUUGAAGAGAAAUACAAACCGAAUUGAAAGCUUACAAUUAUUGUACUUUAACAAAACCAAUGAGGAUAUCUGGUUAAAGGAGAAACUCCAUGAACUACACACCGACGACGAAAGAUUCAGCUGCACAAAUUAUGUCUCCCAAUCGGAGGAUAAUCCACAAAGAAUAGCGCUGGAGCUGCUAGCCCCUUUGUUCCAGAAAAAUCAACCGGAAAGAUGUACUUAUGUGCUCAUUUGCGGACCAAGUGGAUUCAAUACCGCUGCCUUAGAUAUUUUGAGUCAACUGGAUGUUAAGGCCAAUCAAAUUCACGUAUUCCGCGGCUAAGUGAAGAAGUCAUUUAGUUGCGCACUUAAUCUUCAUUACAUUUAUUUAAUGUAUAGC